AUGGAUCCUGCAUCUAGAGGCCUCAACUGUGCACAAUCUUUGCCUCCCCUCACAUCACUAGGGAGCAUUAAUUCAAUGUUACUUAUCACCAAAGUUCUCACUAAUGUUCACCUUCCCCAUCUUUUUUCUACUAGUACAAUUAUCCCUCUCACCAAAAAUUCCACUCACUCUAACCUCCUCCCCUCCUUCUUACCCUUUCCACCAGUAUAUCUUACUACGCAAUCUUUCUUAUGCACCGGAAUGGCACAGUCAAGUCACCCAAUCUUCAUUCAUCUGGACAAUGUACCCUUUGUUUAUGCCCCGCUUAAUUCAGAAACAAUCCCAUAUGUCCCUCCAAAGAAUAACAUCCUUUGUGCUACUAUGCAUCCUCAGGAGACACUUUUUACACGUCAGGCAAGUAAAAUCUACUCCUAUAUUGGAUUUACACCACUCAAAAUUCACUUUGAAGGCAUGCUCCUUGGUUGUCUUGCUCUUCAUUCCAAGGUUCCUGUGGAGUACGUCAAUGGCAAAUACUACCUCACAGCAAACUUGCAAGAGUUUUGGUUGAUGCUAGAGGAUGAGCAAGCCAAAGCAGCAAAGGCGGAUAAGGAGAGAACUGAACAAGAACACCUGGAGAGAGAGCAACUCAAGAUAGAGGCUGUCUACACCGUGUACCAUGAGCAGCUGCUCUGUGAAGAUAAACAUAAACUCUAUGAACCAUUAUGA